AUGACAUCCUGGUUAAGACGACGUUUCUCUCAUUACGAUUCCAUCCUUGAUCCAUGUCCUACAGACGAUGAUCCAGACGUCAUGCUACGAGGCUAUCGUUCUCGCGUUGACUUAACAUCGCCGUCAUCAUCAGAAAAAUCGAAUAAUUAUGAUAAUCUGGAUGACGACAGAUCAAACGACGAAUAUCGAGUAGUAAGAACGACGACGACGACAACGAUGCCGACCAUGUCUUCAGAAGAGAAUCGUAAAUCAACAUCUCCUAUGGAGAAUAGCUUAGCGUUAAGUGAGGAUUCUUCAACAAAUACAUUGACAGAGAGGGAAACAACUCCAACAUCAUCAAAUCCAAUGAUGACGUACACACCUGUGUUGAGAAGAAAACGAAGUAAUCAUCUUCAACGACGAAACUAUCGAAUCAUUGCUCCGGAUGAGUCGUUGAUGAUUCUUCAACAGCAGAAUCAACAACAAUCGGAAGUGAUUGGAAGUAAGAAAAGCAAGAUACUUCGUCGUAGAAGUACACGUAAAGAGAGCACAUCUUCUGUCUACAACCCUCCUAUGGUCAUCACACCGCCCGUUCUUCUCGCACGUACCCAAUCAUGCUCCCUCUGUCGACGAGAGAAAAGUCAACUCUAUACGACCGAUGAAAUGUCUCCCACAUCGCUGACCAGCAAUCGGAGUCCAGAUGAGGACGCAGCCAGAUUAUCUUUUGUUUCUUCUUCCACUGGCUAUAGUUCAGCUCGUUCAUCUCUCCGAUCAUCCGAUGGCACAGAUGAGAAUUCAAAUCGAGACAGUGGCAUCGCAAGCUGUUCAACAUCUUUGUCAUCAAGUCGCCGAUCAGCAUUGUUAAAUAGAGGAUCAUUAUCUCAAUUAGAUCGAAUUGCAAUUGAGCUGUUGGAUACUGAACGAUCCUAUGUUCACGAUUUGCAUGACGUCAUCCAGGGUUAUCUGAAUUUUUUGGUCGAUCGUCGAGAAGAUCUGCAUAUAACAUUAGAUGAUAUAUCAUCCUUAUUUGGUUGUAUUGAACGGAUAUAUUCCUUCAACAGCCGUCUGUAUCAUCAGUUGGAUUCAGCUGAGUUAGACUGCGUCAAGAUGAGUCGUUGCUUCGUCGAAAGUUCUGGAAAAUUCGAAGAUUACAUAUCUUAUUGUACAAACUAUCAUCGAAUGCUUGGAACUCUAACGAAUCUUCAACAGCAGCCUCAGCUAUCGUCAGCACUUCUGGAUCGCCAGAAUGCCUUAGGACAUGCACUUCCAUUAUCAGCAUACUUGUUGAAGCCAGUACAAAGAAUCCUUAAGUAUCAUCUGUUUUUGGAGAAUAUGAUGAAAAAUUUGCCAAACAGCUUAUCAGCUGAUGACAAGGCCGUCAUUCGGAAAGCUCAUGAAGUUAUGACUUCUCAAGCUGGACGGAUAAACGAUGAAAAGAAGAAGGCUGAACAUUCUGAGAGAGUAUCUCAACUGCAGUCAGCUAUUCAAAAAUGGAAGUUAGAUGAGACAUCGAAUCUAUCGACAUACGGUGAUCUUCUGCUUGAAUCUUCUUUCAAAUUAGCCGGUUCAAAGACAGUUCGACUGUUAUUCCUAUUUGAAGAAAUGUUAUUAAUUGUCAAACAACGUAAUAAUAGUUAUGUAUGUAAAGAUUACAUAAUGUCAUCGAAUCUCAUGCUGAAUGAAUCCAUAUGUGCUGAAGACCCAUUGGCUUUUCAAGUUCUCUCCUUUGAUAACCCAAGAACCCAAUAUGUAUUUUUGGCAAACUCGAUGGAACAGAAAAGGAUUUGGAUGACUGAGCUGAAGCGGAUGAUGCUCGACCAUUACGGAAUUGCAAUCCCUGAAAAGACCAAGCAACUCAUGUUGAGUAUGGACAAUACGCAGAAAGUUGCUUUCGGACGUCCGGAGUUUGCCGAUGUUUCGAUCAAACAGUCUAAGAAGGUUCCCAAGUAUUUGGAGAAACGCCGCAAAAGUAUGGAUUCACAGGAGUCUCGUAGAAGGAGCUUGUCUGCUACCAGAUUGCUCGGGAGUAGCAAAUCCUCUCUCAUCUCUGAAUCUAUUCCUUACCGUAGCUCAGUUGAGGAGAACACCAAAUGCACGUGCCAUCUCAAUCCGAGCACAAGCACUAACACCCCUACAGAGAAGGAACAAAGACCUUCAGUCAUGCGAACGUCAUCAGCAUCCACCAUUCAUUGCUUUGACAUGCCAGCUGAAACAAGUCCCAAAGAGCCUUCAGAUGUACAAACUUCUAGGAGUCGUUACCAUCAAGCAAGAAACCGUCGUAACCUCCCUCCACGUCAUGAUGCUCCUUAUCGAUCAAACUCCACACGAAGAUUGGAUGAAGAUGGCCUUGAAGCAACUUUUGAAGAACUUUAUAAGGAGUUAAUCGCUUACGGCAACGAACAAGUCAACAAAUUACCCGAAUCGGAACAAACCAAUCGACGGAUGGAUUCGUUGACUUGGCGCGGGGAGGCAGUUUCUCCAGAAGUACACAUGGCCCGUCAGUUACGUUCAAAAUCAUUAACAAGACUGGAUGAAAGCCGAGAAUUGCCAGACAAGGCUGUUGAACGUCGUUAUUCGAAACUUGAUCAAAUAAAAAGAAGCAAACAUCGAAAGGCUAUAAUCGAAGAGGUUCCGUCAUUGCGAUUAAGUUGUGGUCGGUUCUCUCUCACGGAUCAAACGAGUCACAUCACAGAAAGGAACAUUUCGGGUUUGCCACCAUUUCCAUUCAAAUACGACGAUGAGAAGUUGAAUAAGAGACAGUCACUAUCAGCAAGACAACGAACACCAUUGACUGCUGAACAAGUAGCAGAAUUGGAUGCUUUCCUGCCGACCGUUGGUGUAGUCAAAUCAAUGAUCAAAUCAUUUGAGAAGCACUAA